UAAGGUUCGCGAUCAUUGUCACAUAAGCGGUAAAUACCGCGGCCCCGCCCAUUUCAAUUGUAAUCUAAAUUUCAAACUUCGAAACAUUAUUCCAAUAUUUUUACACAAUUUUAGCGGCUACGAUUGCCGUUUAUUUAUUAAAGAAUUAAUGAUACCUCACUACCAUCUAAAAGUAUUACAACAAAUUAACUUUAGAAGAUAUAAGUUGAGGUUGUUUGGUUGUGAAUUAAAUAAAAUAUAUCCUUAUAACCUCUUUUUAAGGAUAAAUAUACAAAACGUGUUUCGUUAUGAAAGUGAUGGAAAUGAACUCAAGUUUUAUUAAAAUGUAAACAAUAAUAAAUUUUCAUGACGUCAUGGUAUAGUGAUUUUACAAAUAUUUUAAUUUAACAUCAGGUGGGUUCUGUGACGGUAACGCCACAUAAGUGAUGAGCAAUAUUUACACGCUCACCAUGUAUGGAAAGAAUUUAAUUGUCAAAACUUAAAAGAAUAUUCCGACUUGUACUUAAAGACUGAUGUUCUUUUAUUAGCCGAUGUUUUCGAGAAAUUUAGACGUGUAUGUUCUAAAACGUACGGUUUGGAUCCGGCUCAUUAUUAUACGGCACCGGGACUUUCUUGGGAUGCCAUGUUAAAAUUUACGAAAAUUAAAUUGGAAUUGUUAACGGAUAUAGAUCAAGUUCAUUUCGUUAAAAAAGGUAUCCGAGGGGGUAUUUCACAAUGCUCCCUACGACAUGCUAAAGCAAACAAUAAGUAUAUGGAAACUUAUGAUGCUAAUUCACGCUCAAAAUUUUUAAUGUAUUGGGACGCUAAUAAUUUGUAUGGGUGGGCGAUGUCUCAAUUUAUACCCGUUUCCGAUUUUAAAUGGAUGUCUGAACACGAAAUAGAAAAUUUAGAUUUUAAUAAUAUACCUGAUAUUGCCGAUUUUGGGUAUAUUUUAGACGUUGAUAUUGAAUACCCCGAAAUUAUGCACGAUCUACAUAAUGAUUUCCCGUUCCUAGCUGAAAACCUAUUACCACCUAACGGUAAAUGUGAAAGUGAUAAAAGAUUAAUUCCAAAUUUAUUUAAUAAGAAAAAUUAUGUCGUACACUAUAGAAAUUUAAAACAAGCCGUUGCUCACGGUCUUAAAGUUUACAAAAUUAAUAGAGUUUUAUCGUUUAAACAGUCUGCGUGGUUGAAGUCUUACAUCGAUAAAAAUACUGAACUACGUCAAUCAGCUAAAAAUGCGUUUGAAAAAGACUUUUUUAAAUUGAAUAACGCGGUUUUCGGUAAAACUAUGGAAAAUGUUGAUAAGAGAGUCGAUGUAAGAUUAGUGACCAGUUGGGAAGAUAUAUGUAUGAAAACGGGUAGACCAAAAUUAGGGGCGCGUAGCUUAAUCGCUAAAUUAAAUUUUAAGAAUAUUAAAACUUUCACGGAAACAUUUUCGGCUAUUCAAAUGGAACGUCUUCAUAUCGUUUACGAUAAACCUUUAUAUGUUGGUUUUACGGUUUUAGAGUUGUCGAAAUUAUUAAUGUACAACUUUUUUUUUUGUUUUUUAAAACCAAAGUAUGGUGAAGGUAUUCGGUUAUGUUACAUGAAUACGGAUAGCUUCACCGUUCUAAUUAAUUCCAAUGAUGUUUAUACAGAUGUAAAAUUAAAUUUAAAUAAAUUUGACACGUCUAACUACAGUCCUGAUAAUCAGUUUGACGUCCCGUUACAAAAUAAAGCAGUUUUAGGUCUCAUGAAGGAUGAGAAUUGUGGUGAAAUUAUGGAAGAAUUUGUGGGUUUAAGAUCGAAGGUGUAUGCUAACAGAGUCGCUGAUGGACGGGUUACUAAAAAAUCCAAAGGUGUAAAAAAGGCUAUCGUGAAACGUAAAAUUACUUUUGAAAAUUAUAUCGAAUGUUUAAAUUCUAAAGCCGUUUUGUUUAGAAAGCAAUUAUCUUUUAGGAGUUUUCAUCACAUAAUUUUUACUAUGUUACAAAAUAAAUUGGUUCUUUCACCAAAUGAUACCAAGCGAUGUAUUCGUAAUGACGGGAUUGAUACAUUAGCUUGGGGUCAUCAUAGUAUUAAUAAUUAAAAUUAUUAAAUUGCAUUAAAUUAUUAAAUUGCAUUGUUACAUCAUCAACAUUUAAUGUGUAAGGUUGUUUUAUCACAGCGUUUAAUCACUCUGAAAGUAAAAUGUGAACAAAAUUUUUUAAAAACAUUUCAAAACUAUACUAUUGUUUUUUGAUUCUCUUUUCUAGUGAUUAAGUCUGCGGAGCAAAUAUUAAGAAAAAUUUUUUCUUUUUUAUUUCUUUUUUGUUCUGUUCAACUGCUAAUAAAAAUUUUUUAUAUUAAUUGUAUCUGAAUUCUAUAACGUUACAUGAAUUUUUUUAGUAAUUAAGUCUGCGAAGCAAAUAUUAAUAAAAUUUUUAAGUUUUUUAUUUCUUAUUUGUUCUGUUCAACUGCUAAGCAUUAAACUGGAAAGGUUUCGGUGGUUUGGUGGUUUAUUGACUUUACAGUUUCUAGAUUUCUCCUUGCAGCUAUCAGUUCAAUUCCUAUAACAAGUAAGUAUUAUGUAUUGUGAUAAUUUUAACAUUCUCUUAGUUCACCGAGAGAACAUAACCUAGAAUUUGUGACAGAGAGAUUUUUUGUUGGUGAAAAUCUUAUCUUAAACCGUUUUGUUUACUUCCAAAUGUAUCAAUUAUUAUAGUUCAGCUCCUAAAGCACAUUUUUCAUCCAUCGUUUGAGGUUUUAACGUUAUUUUGAGGAAGAAAUCCUUGAUUUAAAUUUGAAUUUUUCCAACUUUACUCAUUGUUGAAAUUUGGCGUGUACUCCAAUGUAUGUCUAAAAACAAGAAAAGACAACGUUGAAUACGAAGUUUUAUUACGUUUCAUAAAGGAAUAAGGGAGAAAUCAACGAAAAAAAAAUUAAAUUUUGAAGGUUAAUUCCGAGAAAAAUCAAGAGAUGACUCUAGUUUCAAAGCAAGAAUUUUGAAUUUUGAAAAGGGCGCGAAGCUAAGAGCCAAUCAGAGACAAGGAAAAAACAGUUGGAGUGCCGGGGUAUAUAAGGAGAUCGCGAACAGGGAGUGAGAGAGUCGUCGUCGGACCAGCGUCGAAUCCGCGUCGUCAGAUAGAAGAAUUUUUGAAGAGAUAACCUCAAAAAUUUAAGAUAAUUUUU